AUUUAAAUUGUUAACCGUUGAGUUGAAAAGCAUUUGGAAAAUGGUAAUAGAAGUUUUCCUCUGGCAACAAUGACGUAUUCAAGUGACAAACAAAUGACUCCGAACAAUGAAGAUGACGAUGAUGACAAUUAUUAUAAAAAAAUUCUUGACGACCUGUGGGGUCAAGAAACAGCUGAUUACUUUUGUCAUCCAAAUUUUCAAAAAUCUUCUAGUGUCAAAUCAAUUGAUAAAGAGUUAUUAACAGCAAACGAUAAUGAAAAAGGUGAACGUCUAUUACUCGGUGGUUAUCCAAAUGGAAUGUUACGUGGAGCCCGUAUACCAUUUCGUUCAGAUAUUAAAUCAUGGUUAUUUGAUUUACAAAAUGAUGAAAAACUGCUAAGUGACAAGUCAAUUCCAUCAAAACGACGUCUGUCAACAUUUUUAAAUAAUAAUUACAAUAAACACCGUAAAUCAAGAGCAAAUAGUGUCUUUAAUAUAAUUGAUUUAUUGAAAUUACAUUUGGGUGAGAAUCCUGGAGCUCAAAAACUUUGGAAUUUAUUAAGAUGUAAAUCAUAUGAACAGUUAAAAGAUUUUGAGAAACAAUUGACUAAAGAGGAACAGUUCACAUUUGCUGCAUUUACUCGUGAGUACAUGUCACUUGAAAACAAAAAGCCACCUUUAUGUGAUUUCGUUCGUGAAAAUCCUUCCAGUUCAUUAUCGAAUGUCUUGAAAAAUUUAAAAGCCCCUCAUUUAGAAAAGAAACUACGUAAAGUCAAUCUAGCUGCUUCAUGGGCUAAAAGAAACCAUGAUCAAUUUCGAAUUUUAUCAUUUCAACAAGAUUUAAAAGAUGCAAUUAAAACAAUUGAAGACAAUAAUUUUUCUUCAUCAUUGAAAAGCCAACAGGCGGAGAAUUUCCAUUCGAAAGCUAAAAUUAAUAUACAAAAAGCAAAUGAAUUCCUUUCAUUAUGUCCAUCAUUAAAAAAUAAACAAUAUGCUUCAUUUAUUGACAGUGAUCUUCAACCAUUGGAGAAUUACUUUCCAGAGUAUUCUAAGGCACGAAGUCCUGUUAAAGAUGAAGAAAAACCACUGAGGUUAAAAAAGGAAGAAAAGUUACCUGGCCUAUCAUUUUGGAGUUCAGGUCAACCUACUGCUUUACAAAAGUCAGAUGAACAGAAAAGCUUACAACCGAUAAUAAAACCUACAGAACACCUUGGCAAAUACAAUAAAUCAAAUGUUCAAUCAAAGAUUUCUUCAAGUGACAAUAAAUUACAGCCUCUAUGUUGGUCUGAUGUGAUUGCACAAAUGCAACAAAAGUAUUCCAAAGAGGCUUUACUGACACCAUCAAGUAAUGGCUCUGUUGAUGAGUCUAAUACAUCUCAUUGUUUUGUCAAGAAAACAUUAUGGAAACCAGGAAAAGCCAUUGCAUCUUAAAAUUUCACAAAAACGAUCACAUUUUAUUGCAGUAAAUUACGCCAUCUUUUAUUUAUGUGUCUAUAUUCAAAAUCACUGCAACAUUGAUUAAUUAUUUAUACAUUUAAGAGAAUACAACUGUCUUUUGAAAUAUAUCUUCGUUAUAAGGUAUAUGUGGGCAUUAUUUGCUUUAGAAUUAGUCUGUGUUAAUAUGAUCUACGGAAUCUUGGUAAUAACUGAAAACACUCUUCUAAGUGCUUCAUUUAUGGAAUAGACGAAAUAUCCAACUGUUUCGUGAACGAUGGUAUCAGCGGAAUGCUAAUAAGUUUACAUCCAUGGUUUCACUUGAAACAUCUGAUAAAGCUGUAAGCUUAGGUUAAUUGAGGUGACUACUACACAUAACGGUGCAAGCUUGUCUACCGUCUAUUCUAACAUACAUUGUUAACCAAACUGGAAGCGAUUGGGAAAAAACGCUAAGCUAAUGCCAGUCAAGACAUAUAGUUAAUCAAUAAAGUCAAAUAUUGGAAAGAAUGGUUUAUUAUAUGUUUAAUCGCGGAUUGAUAUAAGUUGGAGAACCACUGUAAACCAGAGUACUAGAGAACUGUUUCACCCUAGUGUGCGACUUCAGCUGUAUGCCUCCAGGACCUUCAAGUUACGAGGCGACGUUGUCUGCCAUUCGACCACUAGGAUGCAAUUCACUGAACCAUGGAUUCUAACUUCUGUCAGUUACCCAUUUUAGUGCCAUCAUCAACCAGUGUCAUUUGCGAGUGUCUGUCCAAACUACAGAACUAGUGAACCCCUGAUAGGAUCCCACACACUUUGUCAUUGUUCAAUUAUUUUAAUGACUGUUAAUCU